CCACGGACCUGACGCAAGCGGGAUUUUCUUGGAGAGGGAAAAUCCGGGCUUUCGGGGGGAAAUCGGGGUUGCUACAGGGUGCGGUAGCCCGCCAAAACCCCUCUGGAGGGAGACCAGAGGGUCAAGAUCCCAGCGGAGCCAACAGCGGAUCGCCUGGCCGUUAGGUAACUCCGUAAAAAGGAGCGAAGAGAACAGCGGGCGGAGAAGCAGGCACCAGGAAUCCAUUGUCUCCCCCCCGAAAGCGCAGCCCCAGGCUUGCAAG